AUGAAAAAUCUGGUGGGGUGUAAUGGAAGAGACACAUCGAUCAAGCCAACAGUGAGAACCAUAUUCUCUCUAUUCGGAUCGAAUGAUUAGUGACCGUUUAAAUUUCGGGAAGAGUUCACGCCAACGUCGUCGUUGAACCUAAAUAUCUUUUGCGGGAUUAACAAACAUUUACAACGCCAUGGAUCUACCACGUUUGAAACGCCGGUGUCGCCGCCUGGAGUUGCAUCUGCGAAAGUACUGGCGACCAAGUAGAAGUCGUCGAAGACGAUUGGGCGACGCUUGUGCACUCGAAUUGAUCGAUAAAUAAAAAUAUCACAAGAUUGGAUGGAUUUAUCUCAAUAUUAAUAAUAUCAUAGAAAAUUAUCAAUAUUUUUUGUUGGAUUUAAUUGGUAAAAUUUUAUAAAAUUAAUUUUAUUGACAGUGUAUCAGCCGGUAGAUUAAUUAGACGUAUAAAAUGGCGGUGUUAUAAUCAACCAAUCAGGAAGGAUUUUACAACUGCUGUUGGUGAAACUAUAUACUAAACUAUAGCUCUGAGGGGCCUCAGUAAAUGAUUGUAUAUUGAGCUUCCCCCUUACAGCUCAGGUUCCCUCGCGUCCUACCAAACGUUCGCUCGUUAACUUGGUUUUUGUCUCGUCAAGCUACGCUAGCCUAAAGGCCAACCAACCAAUACAACACACAAGUGAAAUCAAGAGUGCGUUAGUGAGACGUUUUGUUGUUGAUUUUUUUUGUUGCGCAUCACACACCAACCGGUUGAUGAUUACUGAUAAAUAAUUAUUCAAUAUUUUAAUAUAAUAAUUUUAAUAUUUUGUUAAAUAUUAACAUUUUCACGGGACACCAUGAAAAUAUUAUAUUUCAUCACGUGACAGACACAAAUGUGGAAAAAAAUGGCGCUAAGAUCAGAGUACAAAUAUGGGUUACAAUUUAUUAUUAUUACAAUAUCAUCAAUUGUAUUUGUUUACAAACGCGGGAUUUCAUAAGCCACGUGUUAAGUGACAUUUAAUAUUACUGUGACUUUUUUUUGAUUGUAUAUGGCUUUUUAUUUUAAUUUAGAUUUAAAAUUUAUUAUUUUUAUUUGAUUUCAAAAAAUAAGUGUAAUAAUAAUUACAAUAUUUCAUUAAAGUGAGAUUUUAAAAUAAUUAAAAAUGUCGGGACGAGGUACUGGUACCAAAAGACGAGGUCGGCCACCCAAGUCGGUGGUAAUGGAGCGUCCGAAAAAAUUUCAAAUGCAAAACUGUAAAAAACCUAAAUAUCUACAAAAUAAGGGUACGGAUACUCCAAGCUCUCAGCCAAGCACGCCGAUACCAUCACGUGCUAAUUCACCGUUGGGCAGUGAGUCGAGCAAACGUAGUACGAGAAGCAGAAAACCACGAGGUGGAAAAGCCAGAAAAGGUGGACACGCUGGUCCAUAUUCAAGACGCGGCUACAACACUAAUGUUGAUUACCACGACUCGGAGUAUCAUUAUGGCUCGGACUUCGGAGACGAAUCUAGUGAAAAGAGUGAAGUCGAAGACGAGGUACUGGCGAGCGAUGUUGAAUCCUCGGGAUCAAUCGAGGAACCAGAUCCGUCCAGCGACAGUGAUUUUUCAUUGUCUGGUUUCAGCAAUAACAGCGGUGCCCCGAGGAAGUCUUUGCUCAGCCAACAAAGACCACCUAGUCCUGAGCCACUAUGGUUACAAAAUCGUGAAUUGCCACCACUGGAACUUCCCAAGUCAUCAGAAGAUUUAUUGCUGGCUAAUGAAUAUAUCAUGCCUUGUUUGUCUAUCUACGAAGUCUUGAGACAUUUUCGUACGCUCGUACGCUUAUCAAUGUUUAGGUUUGAAGAUUUUUGCGCGGCAAUUAAUUGUGAAGACCAAACUAAUCUUUUAGCGGAGAUUCAUAUCCAGUUGAUAAAGGCUCUGUUAAGAGAAGAAGACUCACAGCAGACACAUUUUGGUCCUCUGGAUCAAAAAGACUCAGUAAAUGUAACAUUAUACUUUGUAGAUCCAAUGACUUGGCCAGAAGUACUGAGAUCUUACGUAGAAAGUGAUAAAAAUUUUGACCAGUCUGUUUUACAAAUUUUACAGACCACUGAAUAUCCAUUUUCAUCCAUUGACAAUCGUAUUAAAAUAUUGCAAUUUCUUACAGAUCAAUUUUUAAUAACAAAUCCAGUACGGGAAGAUUUAAUCCACGAAGGUACAAUGCAUUACGACGACCAUUGUCGUGUUUGUCAUCGCCUUGGAGAUUUACUGUGUUGCGAAACUUGUCCGGCUGUGUUUCAUUUGGAGUGUGUUGAACCACCACUGGUUGAUGUUCCCACGGAAGACUGGCAAUGCAACAUGUGUAAGGCACAUAAAGUCACUGGUGUUGUUGAUUGCAUCCCAGACGUCGAGAAAAACGGGCUGCUGUGUCGUCAAGAGCACCUGGGUUUUGAUAGACACGGUCGCAAAUACUGGUUUUUAGCUCGACGUAUUUUUGUUGAGAGUGAAGACGGUAAAGUUUAUUACUACAGUUCUCCAUUGCAAUUUGAAGAGCUGAUUAAUUCUCUUGAUAAAAUGGAAAUGGAAGUUGCAUUAUACCGAGAAUUGUCAGAUUAUAAAGAUGAAAUAAUUAAACAAAUGGAAUUAACUGAGACAAUUACUAAUCAAUAUAAAGGGAAUAAAAAGUCGUACUUGGAGAUGGAAAAUGCAGCUAUUUUGAGGAAACGAAAGGAGUUGAAGGAAAAAGAAGAAGAAGAAAAAAGAGCUAAAGAACGUGAAGAGUCUGGUGAAGUUGAUAAAAAAACUGACGAAACUGAGACGACUGGUGAUGCUGGUAAAAAUGAACGAAAAGACGAAAUUGAAGAUGUUAAUAGUAAUGAGAAAGCCAAGUCUAAUCCACCGUCAGAAAUGGGCGACGAUGAAGAGCCGGAUGAAAAAAUUGGUAAGGAUGGUAAAAAGCACACUAUUGUUACAAGAUCUAAAACUGGUUCACUUACUCCGCGUACUUUUAACAUGGACGAUUUAAAAAGACGCACGGGUAAUGAAUUAGAAAAGAGUUUUAAGGAUGAUAGUGCUGACAGUGGUCGUUUAACCCGACAAAAAGCUCAUCAAAUAGCCACUGGUACUCACCUAUUCAAACUUGGUAUGGAUUGUAAUUAUAAAUCUUAUGUAAAUCAAUUUACUACGAAUCCAAUUGCAUUGAAUAAGCCACAGAGGAAUGAAGAGCGUGAUAAAAAACGUCAUUUGUCGCAUAAAUUUUCACUUACUCCAGCGUCGGAAUUCAAAUGGGUAGGAAGUUUAACGGGUACACGUGCAUUGCUGGUAAGUACCAUAAGACAAACAAUUCUUCAGCUGGAGAGUGCCAUUCAAGCACCGUUUAUGCACACCAACUGGCCGUUGCUGAAAAAACCAUGGACUACAGCUGUGGGCUCGUGCUGCAAUCCCCGAGAUUUCGCUCGUGCUCUUAUUGUACUUCAGGCGUGUAUUAAAUCCGUUGUAUUCGCAAGUGUUUGGCAUGAUCAAUUGGGUCACGUUAAGCUGCAACGAGUUACCGCUUUGGAAAGAGAGGAGAAGAAACGACAGGACAAAAAGGAGAAAAAAGAAAAAGAAGAUGAAGAAGAACGUAAUAGAUUGACGUUUAACUUUGUUAAGUAUUCAUUAGGACUUAAACACCAAGUUUGGAAGCAAAAAGGUGAAGAGUAUCGUGUUCAUGGACAAUGGGGAUGGCUAUGGAUAUCCGCAAGUCGUCGUUACAAAUGCGGUGAUACCUCUAAAUGUGGAUUAAAAGGUGGACCGCAAAAAAUAAUGGUUCAAAUUCGUGAUGUGAGUGGGCUUAAGAUUUUAGCUCUUGAUCCACCUACUUACGAUUAUUUGAUGCACGUUCACGGUUUAUCGCCCAAGGAAGUCAAACAGGAAGAUGUUAAGCCGGACAUUAAGGAAGAAGUUGAGUCAGAGGCUGACAAAAAACCCACUGAUGAUGUUAAGAAAGAAGAUAUUAAGACUGAAGUCAAGGAUGAAAAGGAUGUUAAGUCAGAGGAUAAAAAAUUAAAGGUACCGUUUUUGGAGAAUAUGAAAAUAGAAAAAGUAUUUCCUGUUAUUGAUAAAUUUGAAGAGAUAGAUGUUAUGAAAGCUUUGACAACACCAGGAAGAUUACAUUAUCCAAAGGUGGCUAAAAAAACCCGAAUCGAUGAAUUUUUAUCACGUCGUGCUCAUUUAAAAGUACUGGAAGAGCGGCGUCUUUCGCAAACGGAAAAACACGACGCUAGUUCUGCUGUUAAAACUGAGGAUGAAGGCGAUAAUGAUGAUAAUGAAGAGUCUAAUAACACGUCGCUUCAAAGUAUCUUAGCUGGUAAAAUGCCUAAUAAAUCUCUCGCACCACCAGUAAGAGAAAUGCUUAUCACUGUUGCUAAACGUAUCCAGCAAGUUAGAAGCCAGUACGCUGCAGCGAUGAAGAUAGGCAAGGGGAAUAGUUGUUAUUCUCGGUAUUGUAACAUGACUGGAGCUGCUGCUAAGACACCUAUUACACCUCAAAGUUUGAAUUCAACUUGUUACUCGCCUAUUUGCUUACAGAAAGCGAGACUCAAGCGUGAUCUUGUUAAUUUAUUACGACGUGCUAACGCACUUAAUAAUAAUCAAACAGCUGGUGGAUUGGUAACACUCACAUCUUCGGGAGUCAAAAAAAUAGAAAUUACUCCUACUAAACCAACUAAGGAAGAGAACAAGGAUGCCAUCAAACGUGAUCUUGAAUCCGCUGUCGCUUCAGCAACUCACUGUACUGAAGAAGUUCCAGCAACAAAUGUUACUGUUGAAAAAGACAGUCCUAAAGCUAAGCGCGUUAAAUUGGAAGAUGAUAACGUUGAUGUGGAAAGUACUGAUGUUAAAUCGGAAAAAGUUGAUGGGAUUAAAUCUGAAGCUAAUGAAAAAUCUGCCAACAGCAAUGCUGGCUCCAAGUUUACCAUUGUUAACAAACGUGGUAGAACGGUACAACGUUGUUCUGUUGCUAAGGAACUCAGUGCUGAUGGAACUGUUAGAGUUUACUCGGCAGUCAGUACUGAAGGCAAAGUUUACUUGAAAAAAGUUGCUGUUACCAAUGCUGAACGUAACAGAAAGAAACGUGCUCCAGUUAAGUAUCCACUCUGCUCGACUUUCUGCACCAAGGCUAAGCAAAGGAGUAUAUUGUUGUUGCCGCAACAUGAGCUUAGAAAGUUAUCAAGAAAUGCUGGUAGAAUUCCAACUCAAGGAUUCCAUGCUCAAGCUAAGGCAAAUAUGUCAGUGUGGCCGUACCAGUGUCCAAGACCCUUGUUCAAAACCUGCUGGUUGUACCGUACAGUCGGUUUAAAAUCACUAGCAGCCGCGGCGCUCCAAUUGAGAAUACUUUGGGCAUGUUUGAGGUGGGACGAUAUGGUGGCUAAGCCUUUGUCAGCUGACGGAAAACAUCAGAUAACUACUGACACUGAAAUAAUGUCACUGGAGAUCUUGAAACACCGACACGUAGGACAGUUUAUGGAUCGAGUACAAUAUUUACGACGGAAAGUUGUAAUUCCUCUGGAACUUCCUAAACAAAUUCGCGAAGUUACAUCCAUACGAAGUGGACUGAGGAAACGUAAGCGUCCAGAGUCACCACAGAGCACUGAACCACAAGUGUCCGAAGAAUGGGUCGAUGAAGACAAACUUGAUUUAUGGGAAAUAAAGCAAUACGGAGACAGGUUAGAAAAGGCUAAUGCCCAGAUUAUUACUAGGAGUCGAUCUGGCGGACCUCAGACUGGUAUGAUGAACCGUGGAUCAUUGGCGGGCUCGAGUGAUCAAGUUAGUGGUAAAGCUACGCCUGAAGAGAUUAAAGAAAAAAUAGAGCAACAAUUAAGGAUGCAAAGAGCUGCACAUCAACAAAAACGGGCUCUUGAAACUCUUAAAAAUCCUUCGAAUUCAUCGCCGCAGCUUCUUAAAGUUACAACUAAUACCAAUCAAGAUGGUGCAAUUAAAGUAGUGUCAAAGGUGGCGAUACCAGUGAACCCGAAUACUCCUCAAGGGAAAUCACAAUUGACAUCUUUAUUAACAACUCCGAAUCAACACAAAACAAUAACUCGUCGUAUCUUCAUGACUAAAUCCGCGGACGGAACAACACGGAUGGUAUCUGGUCCUACGAGCAUUCUACCUAAGACAACUUCAUCACCCGCUGCUUUAAAUCAACAGUCACUGAUAAAAACGGGUACUCCCGGCACACCCGCUCAACAAGGACAGCAAAAAGUUCAAAUUUUACGUGGACCUGACGGUAAAUUGCAAGUACGUGGAUUGAUGCCAGGCCAACAAUUAGUUCAAAUGCCUGAUGGUAAACUCCAUGUACUGAAUACAACUCCUACAAUCGCUGCGUCUACCGUCACAACACCAAACUCAACAACUACGAUUGUUGCUUCACCGCAGUCUAAUGUCAAAACAGUAACGACUAAGUUGACACCUGCCAAAGGAACUUUAGUGAAAAGUAUAGUUCAAAGUCCACAGAUACAACCAACAACUCCAGUAACAUCGCGGAUCAAAACUGUGCCAAUGGCUGCAGUUUCUAACGCGACUGGUGUUUUAACACCGCAGAAGAAUACAAUUAUGAUGGCUAAUUCAGGGCAAAUUCAGCUUCAAGGGCAAGUUAUCACCACAAGUGGUCAGGUUCUUAAUGCGAAUCAGAUAGUAGUUAAUAAUGCAAAUUUAGCUCAACAAUUAGCGAGUGGCAAAGCGCAGCUUGCUACUGUUGGUGGUCACCAAGUUAUUAUAAGGAGUGCACCCACUGGUAACCAAAUUGUUAUACCAAAUUCAGCAAGUCCAGGAAUAAUUGUCAAGACGAAUGCUAUCCAAAAAACUCCGAUCGCAGCUCAAACGGUAACUUCGACGGUUGUAAGUCAAACACCAGCAGCACCUACUACACCAGUAACUACUAGGGUCCAAGCUCCUAUCAAUAAUGUAACACCAGCGACACCAGCUGCUACACCAAUAGCAGCAACUACUCCGGUAGCAGCAACAACCGCGACAACAACUACUACGCCAACUUCAACUAUUCCUGCGGGUACAGAGGCAUCAUUACUCGCUUCACAGCCGCCUGGUACUGUGAUAAAAUGCGUAACAGCUCAAGUUAUCGGGACGACUCACGGUCCUAGAAUAGUUCUCCAAGGUCUCCAGGGUGCAGAUUUCACUCCUCAGCAAUUGGCGAUGGUUCAACAGCAAGUUAAGCAGCAAUUAGUUAAAGCUCAAGAAACUACUGGUAAACAAGGUGUUUUAGGGCCUACUAAAAUUUAUCUUGCUGUUCAACCCGCGACUCAAUCAACACCAACGACCGCACAAACAACGACUACAACUGUAGCAAAAACUCCAAUAGCAAUAAAAACUCCAGUUACUCCCGCGCCUGUUUUGACUCCGGUAAAAACUCCGAUACCAGUAACUCAUAUAAAGGUUGAGAAAAAUUUAGAUAUUCCUAAAAUAGCUCCAGCUCCAGCUACAGCUGAUAAACCCAAAGUUGUUGUUCAACAAGUCAGCAGGACAAGUGUUUCUGAAGAUGAGCCUCAAAGAACUGUUUUGGCUAAUGGACAACAACCAACGGCAGUUAAAACAGAAGUUACUGUUAAAUCUGAAGAAGAUAAAGAUACUUUUACAGUAACGGAAGAUUUUAUUGAACAUUCAGUGAGAACAGCUUUGAAGCAGGAGAAUUUAAAUCCAGAAAUAACUGAAAAACUUUUGAAAUUUCAACGUUAUCGCGAGCGAAGCAAAAAAGAUGCUGAAAAUUCAGUGUCGAAUAUACAGCACCAACAUACGACACCAGUAGCACGUACACCUUCAAGAAAAAGACCCGCACCUGGUGGUACACCGAUAACAGUAGCGGCUGGAUCAAUUACACCCUCGACAGCACUGAGAGACUCAACGCAGACUAAUGAAAAAAUUAACGAGUGGUCUGAGACACCACGCAAGAAGAUUAUUAUUAAACAAGAGCCAAAGGAAUCUCCCAAGAUGGUGUCCAAGCAAUUACUCGAGGACAACAGCAGCGUCAACAGCAACGUCAUUGGAACUAACAGCACUGGGAAUGUCAACGAAGCAGCGGCAGCAGCUCAACGGAACCGGUCGUUGAAGUUGAAAGAUUCACAGGAAGCACGGAAGAAGCAGCAGGUACAUUCUCGCAUGCAAGUUCUACUUUUUCGUCACAAAGAACUUCUCAAAAAGGAUAUACUGAAAAAACGCGCACUGCUGGAGAAGGAAUUACAGAUUGACAUCCAGAAGGAUUUAUCAGCGGAAUUGACCACCCGGACCAAGGCUGAGCGGCAUAAACAGGAUGAGGUCAAAGUUGGAAGCGUUAAACGCAAAGCCAACGCACAGGUACCCACUCAGGUCAGUCCAAGUCGCAGCGGGGGUAAAUCGAAAAAGCAUCGUGCUCCAAGUCAUCAUCAUCAUACACCACCCGGUGGAUCAUCAUCGACGCCGAAUCGUCUGAAAAAAGAGAAACUUUAUUGCUUAUGUAGAACACCUUACGAUGAAACUAAAUUCUACGUUGGGUGUGAUCUAUGUAAUAAUUGGUUCCAUGGUGAAUGCGUUGGUAUCACUGAAGAGAUGAGUAAAUCACUUUCAGAAUUUGUUUGUACUGAGUGUCGACACGCUAGAGAUACACAAGAGCUGUAUUGUCUUUGCAAGCAGCCUUAUGAUGAAUCUCAAUUCUACAUUUGUUGUGAUAAAUGUCAAGACUGGUUCCACGGUCGUUGUGUUGGAAUAUUACAGUCUGAAGCUGAUAAUAUUGAUGAAUAUGUUUGCCCUAAUUGCCAAAAAAAUUCGUCAGUUAAUUUUGCAAAUAUGAAAAACCUUGAUAAUAAAGAUUUUGAUUUAUUGAAGAAAUUAAUUAAGCAAAUGCAGGCCCAUAAAAGUGCAUGGCCGUUUAUGGAACCCGUAGAUCCAACUGAAGCGCCGGAUUAUUAUAAAAUAAUAAAAGAACCUAUGGAUCUUCAAACGAUUGAAUUCAGGAUAAACAGCAGAUCAUACAAGAAACUAAGUGAAUUUAUCGGUGAUAUGACGAAAAUAUUUGACAAUUGUCGUUACUACAAUCAAAAAGAGUCGCAAUUCUUUAAGUGUGCCGAGUCGCUGGAAACAUUUUUCGUCCAUAAAAUAAAGAGUUUACGGGAAAAAUUUUCUGAAGGAAAAUAAAUACAACAGUUUUCAAUAUAAAUAAACACUACAGUGAUUUU